AUGGCCGCCAACUACUGGGAUUCGACACAGCGGACACACUGGACAUUUACCAAAGAUCAGCUAGAUGAUAUCCGGACCCAGCAGCAACAAGACAAUCAGGAACUACACAGCAGGUUCCCGCUACCUGAGCCACGCCUGAUGAACAUCUAUAUACAGCAGCAAAUCAUAAAACUCGGCCGACGGAUGAAUGUCAGACAGCAACCACUUGCCACAGCUCAAGUAUACGUCCGGAGGUUCUACACAAGAGUCGAUAUUCGACGGACCAAUCCAUACCUCGUCAUGACAACAGCUGUCUACGUUGCUUGUAAGGUCGAAGAAUGUCCAAUUCACAUCAGAUUGGUCUUGGCCGAGGCAGCGAGACAGUGGCCUGAGCUAGGAAUCAACGAUAUCUCAAAGAUUGGUGAAUGUGAGUUCCAUCUCAUCAGUACCAUGUCAGCACGCAUGAUAGUCCACCAUCCAUAUCGGAGCCUCAGCGAUCUAGCCCCAGGCUUGAACCUAUCUACCGAGGAGAUGGCACUGUCUCAGAAUAUCAUCAACGAUCACUACAAUACCGACAUGCCUUUGAUGUAUCCACCGCACAUCAUCGCUGUCACAGCAAUGUUCUUGGCUGUUGUCCUGCGGCCGACUCAGUCCAAUCUACAGGCUCAUGCUGCUGCGACUAGUGCGUUGGCUGUGCAAAGUGCUUUGCAAAAUCCCAACAAGGUCGCCAAAAUGGUCCAAUGGAUGGCGGAAAGCGACAUUGAUGUCGGGGAGUGUAUGGCUGCCACACAAGAGUUCAUCAGCCUCUAUGAAGUCUGGGAGAACUACAUCGAGCGGACUUGUAAGGAUGGUAUCACGAGGUUUAUGAAGGAUGCGCUCGGCAAGUGA